UUCUAAUCAUUAAUCCAGGAACGCCAUUACCAGGGCUCAGAGAGGUGACUGGCGUGAGCAGGGAAAUACUGAAAACCUACAGAAACCAGACAACUUUUGAGACAUGAAAACAGGGCCAUGGAAGUAAAUAUAUUGUGAUCAGAGAAGCUAGGUAAUGCACAAGGCAACAAAAUAGGUAAACCCAUGUAUUAAUGUCACAAGACCUGGAGAAGACUGACGUUUGGAACAGGAUUCAACCCACAACAUGUACAGCCAAAAGCGUUACGACAACCCUCCAGACUACAGCCCACCAACUUACAUUCAGCAGCAUAGCCAUGGUCCUGGAUCAUACGCUUACCACAUGAACUCUACCCACCCUGACUCCUUCUGUAUGGAAGAUGUGCCACCACAACAUUUCUACAAGUGGAAGUCUCCUCCUGGCAUUGUCCGAAUUCUACAAGCCAUUAUUGUUUUUCUGUGUUUGACAAUCUUUGCCUGUGUGGCCUCAACAUUAUCGUGGUUUUAUAAUUAUGGAGGGCUUGGAUAUAUGGGUGGAAUGGGUGGAAUGGGUGGAAUGGGUGGAUACCUAGGUGGUUAUAGCAAUAUGUAUGGGUAUGGGUACGGCUAUGGCUAUGGGAUGACCAAUCCCCAAGCUGCAAGUGGUUUUAUGAUGGCAAUGAGCAUUUUAACUUUUAUAGCCAUGCUAGGUUUAUUUAUAGCAAGUGUAACUAAAGCAAGUGGCUCUCGGUCUCGUAAAUUCUUUUUGAUUAUAGUAGUGCUGAGUGCUAUUUUAGCCACGAUGGACCUUAUUGCUUCUAUUGUCUAUAUUGUUGGCGUAAAUCCAAGAGCACAGAUGGGUGGCAACAUGUACUACAGUCAGAUGUUAGCAAUGUGUAACCAGAUUUACAGCCCAAUGUCAUCUGGAGCAGGCUAUAUGAAUCAGUACCUGUACCAUUACUGCAUGGUGGAUCCACAGGAGGCCAUUGCUAUAGUCUGCGGUUUUAUUGUAGCCAUCCUUCUAUGUGUCAUAUCCUUCUUUGCCCAAAAGACAAGAAGUAAGAUCUGGCGUUUCGGGGAGCCAAACAUUUACUGGGAUAAGCCUUUUGAAACAUAUCAGGAGGGGCCAAAUGUUGAGGAGUGGGUAAAAAGUGUUCCAGGUGGUCCUCCUGAUGAAACUGCUACCAUCAUUUACUCUGAGAAAUCACAGAGCCCUAUGAAGGCACUGAGUAAUAAUAGCAUCUACAAACCACCUAGAGAAGAGUUUGAACAAGGAGUUAACAGUCCCCUUACCAGUAGCCCACCUGCAUCAGUUAGAGAGACACAGGACCAGAGCAGGGGAAGGACACCAGCCCGCAGGGGUCGACGAUGGAGAAGAAAUCCAGAGUUGGAUGAAUCCCAGUAUGAAACAGAUUACACAACAGCAGUUGAGUCUGGGGAUGAAAGAGAUCUGGAGGAAUGGGACAGUUUGUAUCCGCCAAUUACUUCCGACUCCCAGCGCCAGGAUUAUAAGCGAGAGUUUGAUUCGGACCUGAAGCGAUACAAGAAAAUGUGUGCAGAAAUGGAUGAUAUCAACACUCAGCUGCAGCAGCUUAACAAGCAACUAGAUGGGCUGACCGAAGGCACCACUCAGUACCAGGGAGUGGCAGAGGAGUACAACAGACUGAAGAACAUCAAAAGAACUCCUGAUUACCAAACCAAGAAGAUUGAAACUAAACAACUUAGGAACAAACUGUUUCAUAUCAAAAGGAUGGUGAAUGAUUAUGACAAAGGAAGGGGUUGAUUAUCAGGAACAAACAUGCAAUAUCUGAAAUAUCCCCUAGAGGGCAACCAAUGCUGGCAGUUCAAGCAAAGGCAAUAGAAUUUUAAUAAGGACACUUCUAAGGAUUGAUAUUAGAAAUGAGCGAAUUUCCGGUUAUAAAAUUUGUUUGCAAUUCGUUUACUGGUAAAAGGUGAAUUGCGUUAUGGUCUCUGUUACCAUAACGGAAUAUAUAACGCAAUUCACCUUUUACCAGUAAACGAAGUGUGAAUGAAUUUCAAAAUAUGAAAUUCGCUCAUCUCUAAUUGAAUGUAUACAUACUGUAUUUAUAUAAUUUUAUCUAUAGAAAUACCUACAUAGACAUAUAGAUAUAGAUAGUAUUUGGAGACUAGCUCGAUUUCAGUCUAUUUAAAGGUUGGAAGGUUAAAAUGUUGGUCUCCAUCUCACAAUGGGACUUUACUUGGAAGUGCAUUUUGCAAUGGCCUAUGGAAUAACAACCAAUUGUCUCUUCAUAAACUGAAACAUCAGCCCCAUGUUCCAUGUUCUGAAAUUCCUUCACUGUCUACAUUAGUGCCCCGGGGUUUGACCUUUUACACUGUAUAGAUUAUUUGCUAAAAAAUAUACGAAUACAUAUUUGAUAAACUGGAACUUUUGUAUCAUUAUUUGCUAAAUUUUUACGCACAUAUCUGUGAUGCAGGUUAUAAAAUUAUGUUAAAAAUGUGACAUAGCUAUAAAAAACAUCUAUUUUUAUUGUCAUACCAGCAACUUGUACGCUUUUCUUUUAUUAUUAGCUUUGAAAAAACAUGUGUUGAGAAUAAAAAAAUAAAACAUUAUGGCUUUCUAUUGAGAGUGUACACUUGUGAAUGCUGAUAAAGCAUACAUUUAGGAUCAUAUGCAUCCAAUAAUUACAUUAACUCAGUUUCUUAUUAAAUUAUUUGUCUCACCAAAGACACUGAUGGCAUUAGCAGAUUGCCACCAAUGAUAUUGAUUUAACAAUUGCUUUGAAGCAGCUCUUCAGCUAAAUGUCUGAAAACUAUGCUUAUGGAGGUUGUCUGGGCUUUUUCUAUUGAUAAUCUAUCCUCAAGAUAGGUCAUCAAUAUCAGAUCAGUGGGGGUCCAACAGCCAGCACCCCUGCUGAUCAGCUGUUUGAGGAGAUGGCAUGGUCCCAUAGACAGCAGCAGCGGACAGGAAGAGAGAAGGGAGACGGCACAUGAGCACUACGCUCGCCGUCUCCUCAAACAGCUGAUCGGUGGGGGUGACGGGUGUCGGAACCCUCCCCCCAAUCUGAUAUUCAUGACCUAUCCUGAGGAUAGGUCAUCAAUAGAAAAAUCCUGGACAACCCCUUUAAUAUAAGUAAAAGAUAUACAGUCUUUUCAACCCCCUUUUCUGUCACAAGUCACAUGGCAAAGCCAUUAAUAAAAGACUGUGCUUGUUAGGAAGUGUAUCCUUACCAAUCAGUCUUUACUACAUGAUAUUUUAGGUCAACGUUGGAUUGGAUGUCUGCAGAGAUAGGGAAAAUCAGUAGCUGUCCAGUCAUGCCAUGAAAAAUGUUUUAAGAAAAAAAAAACAUAAAUACAUUUAGGUGUAGAACCUGUCAUUGCUGCAAUGGUUAUUAUUACAAUUUACAGUUUUCUUAUACAGACUUUUCUUUUGCUGUUUCUUCUUCCAUAUUGGGUCCCAGGAGGGAUAUGUAAGCAAAUCUUUCAUUUGCUUCUCUUCCUCACUCUCCCUUCCUAUUUUUGGUAAAAGAGGGAGCUGAAAUUUCCAUGUGUAGGUGAGUCCUAAUUAUUACAAGAGGCUGUGACACAUUGAUGUUUCAUAGUUUUUACCAUGACAUUUUCUGUAAACAUGCAAACACGUCCAAGACAUCUUACUAGAAAGUUAUUAUUUUUCUAUAUUAGCCAUGCCAUUAAUAUAUAUGAAUAUUAUUGUCAUUAAGAUAACAUUAGUAUGAAUGAACAAGCUUGGUAAUGUAUCUGAACCAGUUUGGUGCUCACCUAACAUUCCUAAACUCAGAUGUUUCUGAAGACUCGGGGGCAGAUUUAUGAAUUCUAUAGAUAAACUUAGGCUUUCUAGACCUGCACCAGAUUUAUCACAGUGGCUCGGGCUCAAUGGUGAAUUUGGUGCAUGGCUAGACACUUAUGUCUAACUCUACACAACUACUGGUUGGCUUACGUUGAAAGACUUUUAUGCAAGAAUUGUAGCAUGAAUUUGGCACAAAAUGUUGCCUAUUUGGCAAUGCCCCUUUCCAGUGAAACCACCCUCCUUUUCUAUUAAUCCCAAUACCUUGUCAGGUAGACAGAUAGAUUCUCCAAAUAUAGAUGUGCCAAAUUCCCCUACAUUUUGGCACAAUUUACACCAAAAUCAAGGUGCACUCACAUGAGGAAAUAUAGGCCAUGUUGUGUUGUAGGAGACAACCUGCACACUCCCACCAAUGUUACCUUCUGAUUUACAGUAUGUCAAUGACAUGGCUUAUUUUAUGAAGUGUUUACAUUCUUUAAAAUACAUGUCAAAAAAUAAGAGAAAGCUAUGUGCUAAUGAUUAAAGGGGAUGGCUCAUUGCACACAUUGCUGGCAUAUCACUAGGAUAUGGCACCUCUCUCUAGAACGGGGACCCCAAAGUGAAGGAGAGCCCACUGUGCAUGCGUGGCAUACUCUCCAUUCACUUCUAUGGGAGUUCCGAAAAGAGCUGAGCGACCAUUGUGUGAGAUGGGACAAUACCUUAAACAAUACACUAUCCCAAAUUUACAGAAAAAAUAUCUAAGAAUACGAAGAAUCGAGACAUUAUACAGAUCCAUAUCCACACUGUAGUAUAUAGAAAUCUGCCAUAACAUAAUGUCCCAGUAAUUACAUCUUUUUCCGCUGAACAUUUUAUGGCUUUUAUUAGUUGUUUUAGUUGCCAAAAUAUAAUGCUGCUACCAUAGUGUACAAAAUCCAUCACAGGGAAACUGAGCAUCAAUUUAUUUUCCUAUACAACCUAUUCACAUAAAUCUUGUCCAGGUGGGUACUCUGCUCACAACUACAUGGAAAUCUAUAGCACUAUUAAACACUGGAGUCAGAAUUAUUCACUAUGUAAGAUACAACAAAGGCAAUGUUGGGUACUGUCUUCAGAAUAUGCAGUCAUAUGAUCACUUUACAUUAUAAAGUCAUAAUAUAAAUCAGUAGAGAUCAAUAACAUCACACUGUAUACGGAAGAAAUCCGUUCAUGUCUUCAUAAUUAUAUUAUAUUAAACAACAACCAAACUAUAAUGUUUUAUCCUGUCCCCAUAUAUCUGCAUAGCUUUUCUGUGUCUUUCUGUGCCUAUAUAACGUGACAAAAAAAUUAUCUUUUGUAUCUGUACUUUUAUAAAUAAAAUAAAUUGUUUGAUUUGUACGAAU